AUGGAUGAGACGCGUCUGUUUCACCUGUGUGUGAAGGAUGGAUGGCUCCGAGAGGAACAGUUGUGUGUGUUAGCUGCUCUGACCUCGCCCCGUUGUCCUCGGCGUACAGGACUGAAGCAGAUGUGGAGCUGGACUGAUGUGGUUUCUGCUGUCUCUCAUGUGUCUUCGUCUCUCUGUGUGUUUCUGUCUCCUCAGAGCUUCUUCGAGGGUCAGUCUGCACCCUGGGAUUCAGCCAAGAAAGACGAGAACCGCAUGAAGAACCGCUACGGGAACAUCAUUGCAUAUGAUCACUCACGCGUGCGGCUGCAGAAUCUGGACGGCGAGCAGAACUCUGAUUAUAUUAAUGCUAAUUAUGUUGAUGGCUAUCACCGGCCGAAUCACUACAUCGCUACACAAGGACCGAUGCAGGAGACCGUCAUCGACUUCUGGAGGAUGGUGUGGCAGGAGAACACGGCAACCAUCGUCAUGGUGACCAACCUGGUGGAAGUUGGCAGGGUGAAGUGCUGUAAGUACUGGCCGGAUGACACCGAGAUCUACAGAGACAUCAAGGUGACGCUGAUCGAGACUCAGCUUCUGUCCGAGUACGUCAUCAGAACGUUUGCAGUGGAGAAGCGAGGAGCUCAUGAGAUCCGUGAGAUCAGUCAGUUUCACUUCACCGGCUGGCCGGAUCACGGCGUUCCCUAUCACGCCACGGGUCUGCUGGGAUUCGUGCGCCGGGUCAAAGCCAAAUCCCCCUCCAACGCCGGACCCAUCGCGGUCCACUGCAGCGCGGGGGCGGGGCGAACGGGCUGCUUCAUCGUGAUUGACAUCAUGCUGGACAUGGCGGAGCGGGAAGGUGUCGUCGACAUCUAUAACUGUGUGAGAGAGCUGCGAUCUCGAAGAGUGAACAUGGUCCAGACCGAGGAGCAGUACGUCUUCAUUCAUGACGCCAUCUUGGAGGCGUGUCUCUGCGGCGACACCACCAUCCCAGCCAAUCAGCUUCGCUCUGUUUACUACGACAUGAACCGAUUGGAUCCUCAGACCAACUCCAGUCCAAUCAAAGAAGAGUUCAGGACGCUGAACAUGGUGACUCCGACGCUGCGUGUGGAGGACUGUAGCAUCGCUCUGCUGCCGAGGAAUCAUGAGAAGAACCGCUGCAUGGAUGUGCUUCCUCCGGACCGCUGCCUGCCCUUCCUCAUCACCAUCGACGGAGAGAGCAGCAACUACAUCAACGCCGCGCUCAUGGACAGCUACAAGCAGCCGUCUGCGUUCAUCGUUACCCAGCAUCCUUUGCCAAACACAGUCAAGGACUUCUGGCGUCUGGUUCUGGACUAUCACUGCACGUCUAUCGUGAUGCUGAAUGACGUGGAUCCGGCGCAGCUGUGUCCGCAGUACUGGCCGGAGAACGGUGUUCAUCGUCACGGGCCGCUGCAGGUGGAGUUUGUGUCGGCGGAUCUGGAGGAGGACAUCAUCAGCAGGAUCUUCCGCAUCUACAACGCUGCACGGCCGCAGGACGGGUACAGGAUGGUGCAGCAGUUCCAGUUUCUGGGCUGGCCGAUGUACCGUGACACACCCGUCUCCAAACGCUCCUUCCUCAAACUCAUCCAUCAGGUGGACAAAUGGCAGGAGGAGUACGACGGAGGAGAGGGACGCACCGUAGUGCACUGCCUGAACGGUGGCGGUCGCAGCGGGACGUUUUGUGCCAUCAGCAUCGUGAGUGAAAUGCUGCGGCAUCAGCGCUCGGUCGACGUGUUUCACGCCGUCAAAACCCUGAGGAACAACAAGCCCAACAUGGUGGAUCUGCUGGAUCAGUACAAGUUCUGCUAUGAAGUGGCUCUGGAGUACCUGAACUCAGGCUGACCGACCAUACACCUGUGUGUGUGUGUGGUGUGAGAGAGAGAGAGAGAGAGACAGUGUGUGUGUGUGUGUGAGAGAGAGAGAGAGA